UUGUUCUCACAGCAACUCGUUUUUAGGAAUGCAGCAAAAGCAAUUGCAUCGCCGAAUGCUGCUGCCGUUGCGAUAGCCGCUAGCGAGCAAUUGGCUUCUGAAGCAAAAGCAGCGGCUGAGGCUGCAGCUACAGAAGAAAGAGAGAAAGAGCGUAGAGAUGAAGAAGUGCGUGCAAAGGAACAACUUGAAGUUGACGAUGACUUUGAUGCGCAGGAAAAGCCCAUAGAUAAGAGUCCUAGUGGACGUUUUCUUAAAUUUGAUGAGGAACUCGGUCGAGGAUCGUUCAAAACGGUAUAUCGCGGGUUAGAUACCGAAACCGGUGUAGCGGUGGCUUGGUGUGAACUUCAAGAAAGCAAGCUAAAUAAGGCUGAGAGACAGAGAUUUCGGGAGGAAGCGGAGAUGCUGAAAGAUUUGCAACACCCCAAUAUCGUAAGAUUUUACGAUUAUUGGGAAAGGACUGAUCCGUCGGGGAAAAGAAAAUAUAUCGUCUUAGUUACGGAAUUGAUGACAUCGGGUACUCUCAAAAUGUAUCUAAAGCGGUUCAAGCGAAUCAACAUCAAGGUCUUAAAAUCAUGGUGCAGACAGAUCUUGAAGGGCCUUUCUUUUUUGCACUCCCGAAAUCCACCGGUAAUUCACCGUGAUUUGAAAUGUGACAAUAUAUUCAUCACGGGAACAACGGGCAGUGUGAAAAUCGGUGAUCUCGGCUUAGCUACACUGAAGAACAAAUCUUACGCGAAGAGCGUUAUUGGUGAGUUCAAUUUCUUCUGA